AUGUCCCAGCAAGAUUUAGACCUACCCGACAUUGAAUGGCCUGAACUAUGGAACACUAUGCACGCCUCUUCGCUUUAUGCUCUGACAAAAGUCAAUACUAGCUGGUCAACCAGGCAUCCAUAUGUAGCAGCUGGAGCUUUGAUAUUGAUCUCUGCCAAUCCUGAACUCUUACUUACGCCACUACGGCUCGCGGGGAGGUUUACCCUGUAUAUUUUCGGUUUCAGGAGACAAGGAGUAGCGAAAGAUUCAUUGGCAUCCCAGUACCAGUCCCAUCUCUAUGGUGGCUACGUACCACGGGACUCUACCUUUGCGAGAUUCCAGUCAUACGGGGCCGCUGACAAUUAUGAUGAUGACAUGGAAGAAGCACUGAGAUUAGCGAGCGUUGAAGAACAUAAGAAUAGAGAUCAACCUGAAACAGAAUCGAUACUUGGGGUUGGUGUCUCCUGGCUGUCAGGUAUUGGAGCCGUGUUUGUCUUGGGCAGGAGGUGGGGGUGGUGGAAGUGAUGUGGUUGCUGGACAUCGUGUAUGUUGAGUGGAGGGAGUGGUAGUCAAACGUGGAGCCAUAAUAUCGACGGAAUCCCAAGUGAGGUGUUCAUGUCUACUUGAUCAGUAAAAGUGUAGUCAAACGUACGCUUGUAGACCCGUCGCGUCGUACUAUUGCAAUUGAAUAAAGUUGUUUCGCUUAGCUAAUUA